CUUCAACAAAAGAGAGAGAAAAGAGGAGAGAGAGAAAAUGUUGUCUCAGUUAUUGAGAUCGCAGCUCCAAAAAUUCAUCCAUGAAGACUUCCAUGAAGCUGUAAAGCGGAUGACUGUUAUUGAUACUUUGCUCUUCUUGAUUGUGCAUUUGGUUGAUAAGUUGGGAGUUUGGCAUAAACUACCAGUAAUUUUGGGACUAGUUUAUUUAGCGAUUCGUCGCCAUCUUCAUCAAGAAUAUAAUUUGUUCAACGUUGGUAGAACCCCGGUCGGAGUUCGAUUCAACCCAGUGGAUUUCCCAUACCGAACCGCCGAUGGCAAUUACAAUGAUCCCUUCAAUGAAGCCGCAGGUGCCCAAGGAUCAUUCUUUGGUAGAAACAUCCUCCCCGUCGACCAAACCAAAAAGUUGUUGAAACCUGACCCGAUGGUGGUUGCUACAAAACUUCUGGCAAGAAGAAAGCUUAUAGACACUGGAAAACAAUUCAAUAUGAUUGCUGCUUCUUGGAUUCAGUUCAUGAUUCAUGAUUGGAUUGAUCAUUUGGAGGAUACCAAACAGGUUGAGUUGGUUGCUCCACAUGAAGUUGCAACAAGCAAUCAGUGCCCAUUGAAAUCCUUCAAGUUCUUUAAGACAAAGCAAGUUCCCACUGGAUUUUUUGAGAUCAAAACUGGCUCUGUAAACGUCCGAACACCUUGGUGGGAUGGAAGUGUUUUGUACGGAAGCAAUUCAGAAAAGUUGGGGAAGGUAAGAACUUACAGAGAUGGGAAGCUGAAAAUUGCCGACGACGGCCUUCUUCUUCACGACCAUGACGGCGUUGCCAUCUCCGGCGAUGUCCGAAACAGCUGGGCCGGUGUUUCGACCUUGCAGGCUCUCUUUAUCAAGGAGCACAACGCGGUCUGUGAUACCCUAAAGAAGGAAGAUCCAGAGCUGGAAGAUGAAGACUUAUAUCGAUAUGCAAGACUUGUAACUUCUGCUGUGAUUGCAAAGAUUCACACCAUUGAUUGGACUGUCGAGCUUCUCAAGACAGAUACUCUCCUUGCAGGAAUGCGGGGCAAUUGGUAUGGACUUUUGGGAAAGAAAUUUAAAGACACAUUUGGGCAUGUUGGAGGAUCCAUUUUUGGAGGUUUAGUGGGUUUGAAAAAACCCAAUAAUCAUGGCAUCCCCUAUUCGUUAACGGAAGAAUUUGCAAGUGUUUACCGGAUGCACUCGCUCUUACCCGAUGAUUUCUACCUCAGAGAUGUCACCAUUGAUCCUCAUCGCAACAAAUCUCCACCUUUGAUCAACAAAGUGCCAAUGGGGAAUAUGAUAGGCCAUAAUGGAGAGGAGGCCUCAAAGAAAAUGGGCUUCACGGCCCUAUUAGUUUCAAUGGGCCACCAAGCCAGUGGGGCCCUCGAGCUUUGGAAUUAUCCACUGUGGCUCAGGGAUCUCACACCCCAUGAUGUGGACGGCAAGGAUAGGCCCGAUCAUGUUGACCUUGCAGCUCUCGAAGUUUAUAGAGAUAGAGAGAGGAAGGUUGCUAGGUACAACGACUUCCGCAGGGGGUUAUUGCUCAUCCCAAUCUCCAAGUGGGAAGAUCUGACGGACGAUGAUGAGGCAAUUGAAGUGCUUCGUGACGUGUACGGUGAAGAUGUGGAGGAGCUUGAUAUUCUCGUGGGGCUGAUGGCAGAGAAGAAAAUCAAGGGUUUUGCCAUUAGUGAGACUGCUUUUGUCAUUUUCUUGCUCAUGGCUUCAAGGAGGCUAGAGGCAGACACGUUUUUCACGAGCCAUUUCAAUGAAGAAACAUACACAAAAAAGGGAUUGGAAUGGGUGAAUACAACGGAGAGUUUGAAGGAUGUGAUAGAAAGGCAUCACCCAGAUAUCGCAAACAAAUGGAUGAAUUCAUCAAGUGCUUUCUCUGUUUGGGAUUCUCCUCCCAACAAACGCAACCCUAUCCCUAUUUACCUUAGGAUUCCUAGUUGAAUGCUUUUCAUAUUUUCUUGAAAAAUACUUAGGAGUCGUUUGGUUGAAGGUUUCGAAAAGGUAUCUUGGAUUAAGAUGCCUGUGAUUAAGUGACCUAGAAAUAAGAUGGUUGGAAAUCAAAGAUAAAUAUGUUUGGUUGUAUAUAUGUAUGGGAUUAAGAUGUU